AUGGCCGGAGGAGGAAACGGCGAAGUGAAGCUGCUCGGCAUGUGGGCAAGCCCGUUCGUCCUGCGAGUGCGGCUGGCGCUCAGCCUUAAGGGCGUGAGCUACGAGUACGUCGAGGAGGACCUCAAGAGCAAGAGCGAGCUGCUCCUCAAGUCCAACCCCGUCCACACCAAGGUGCCGGUGCUGAUCCACAACGGCAAGCCCGUCUGCGAGUCGUCGGUGAUCCUGCAAUACAUCGACGAGGCCUUCGCCGGCAUCGGCCCUUCUCUUCUCCCGGCGGAUCCCCAUGACCGUGCCGUUGCUCGCUUCUGGGCCGCAUACAUUGACGACAAGCUCCUGAAAGCGUCGAGCCAGGCGUCGAGCGGCAAGACGGAGGAGGAGAAGGCGGAGGGAGCGAAGCAGGCGGCCGCCGCGGUGGAGACCCUGGAGGGAGCCCUGAAGGAGUGCUCCAAGGGCAAACCAUUCUUCGGUGGUGACAGUGCUGGGUACGUGGACCUCAUGCUCGGCGGCCUCCUCCCUUGGGUUCACGUGGGCGACGCGGUGAAGGGCGUCAAAACCUUCGACCCUGCCACGACUCCGCUCUUGGCCGCGUGGGCGGACAGCUUCGGCGCCUUGGACGCGGUCGAGCCGGUCAUGCCGGAAGUCGGCAAGCUCGUUGAGUUUGCCAUGGCGAUGAUGUCUCACGCCGCCGCUGCCGCCGCUGCAACUAACUGAAGAAGCAUACCUCUCCUUUUUAUGCAUCUAUGCUCAAUCGUG